UAAAUCCUGUGCUGAGUUGAGUUAAUAUCGAUGUAACAAUCAAGUAUUAGAUGUCUAAUAAGUAUUAUAAGUUUGGUUUGUGUUUUAAAGCAACAUGCUGAUCAACAUAGAUUUUAGUUCAUUGGAGUUUGAGUCAUAUUUGGGAUCUGGCUGUUAUGGCGGAAAUGUGUCGUUAUAUCGUAACAAAAAGGACAAGCGACAUCGUCGUCUGGUUAUCAAAUCUAUUCCUUACAAUAGUCCGGAGUACGCUUAUAAAACGGUUCUUAAAGAGCAUACAAUUUUGUCUCAAAUAAAUCAUCCCCGAAUUUUAAGUUAUUUCGGGUUCUUCCAGACAAGUGACUCUUGGAAUAUGAUCACCGAGUUCGCCGAACGAGGUAACCUAGCGGACUUCCUACAUCGACGCAAAGUUCAACGAGCGUUCCUCGCUGAGCGGGUCGUAAUGGCCAAGUUUAUGGACAUGGCAGAGGCGCUUGCAUAUUUACACAAACGGCGAGUAAUUCAUCGUGAUUUAAAACCAGAAAACGUAUUGAUUGAUGCCGACAACCGACUGAAGCUCGCGGACUUUGGAAUCGCUAGAAUUUGUUGCUUCAAUACAAACGAAUCAGAACACGAUGAACUGAAUAUGACAAUUGUCGGUACGCCUCUGUACAUGGCACCGGAGGUUGCCACCGGUAAACGGUACGAUUACAAAAGCGACGUAUGGCCUCUUGGUAUAAUUUUCUACGAACUUUGCAUGCUGGAGCAUCCAUUUUUAGCUGGCGACAUCGGAUCAUGGGAACGGAAGAUAAGGUUCAAGACUCCGCAGAUUGACUGUGAUGGCAAAGGUUACCGAUCGGAAAUGCAACGGCUUUGCGAGAUGAUGAUUCAGGUAGACCCGAAGAAACGCUGGAUGCUGGAGAAGAUCGUCAAAGAUGCUGGAGUACUAUCUUUGACGUCACGAGCGGUGUGAUUCGGUAGAAGAGUUUUCGUUUGACACUUGUAUUUUCGAAGCAGUGAUUUUUUUUUAACAAACUAGUUUUCGUUUUUUAACUUAUUU